AACAAGAAGAAAACUUUGAGUUUAUCAUUGUCUCUCUCACCGGCCAGACUUGGCACUUUGAAGCUACCACGUAUGAAGAAAGAGAUGCAUGGGUGCAAGCCAUAGAGAGUCAGAUCUUGGCCAGUUUACAGUCAUGUGAGAGCAGCAAGAACAAGUCUCGCCUGACGAGUCAGAACGAGGCCAUGGCCCUUCAGUCCAUAAGGAACAUCAGAGGCAAUUCCCACUGCGUGGACUGUGAAGCACAGAACCCCGACUGGGCCAGCUUGAAUCUGGGAGCCCUCAUCUGUAUCGAAUGCUCAGGUAUCCACCGAAACCUUGGCACGCACCUCUCCCGGGUCCGCUCCCUCGACCUGGAUGACUGGCCUAUAGAGCUUAUCAAGGUGAUGUCUUCUAUCGGGAACGAGCUGGCAAACAGCGUGUGGGAGGAGAGCAGCCAAGGCCAUAUGAAACCUUCCUCAGACUCCACAAGAGGUUAUAAGAAAAUAGAGAGGUUCUUAACACUGUCGGAGAAGUCUGGAGUUCGGAGUCGGCAGUGUCGGGAAUUGACUUUCACCUUAAGAC